UGGACUUCGUUUGCAACCGCGCGAAGCCACCUCUUCUUGAGACCGAGUGACAUUUACUUCAUUUUUACGCUGCAAUGCAUUGCUACCUCUGUAGUUGUGUGAUGGCUGCGAUGAGGUGGAGCAUUUUUACGGACCCAAAAACGAUGAAAGUUUUCUUGAAAGUGUACAGAAUAAUGGCAAGAAGGAGAGCGAGUGAGUCGUUUACUUGUUGAUAGAGACCACGAGAUGACGGCAGUGAGUCCUCUCCGUGGUUUACUAUUUUUUAUUUUUGACAAGCCAAUGUAAAAGAA